CCAGCGCCCUAGAUGUGCGAGCUGCUGCCUGCUGUAGGUACAGAUGGACAGCAGGCAGCAGCGCCCCCAGAGGAAGACGCUACAGUGGCAGCUCGCUCAAGAUCAAGGGCAGCCGUCUCCACCACUCCGGCCCUCAGCGGCCUCAGUCCCGCCAGACACCAAGAGCAACCCUCAGGAGGAUCUGCAGACCCAAGACUGGGUGUGUGAGCCUCCCGAGCGCAGGCGCCCUGGUAGCCGCUGGAAUGUCAGCAUCGACGAGCGCAGGCGCCUGGCCAUGCUGCAUGCACAGGACAGGACAAACACUGCCAGGGCCACAUCUAGAGACACUCUGGGCCUGCACCUCCCUGGCCGGCCAACUGUACCCUCCCCACUGAGUGGGCCUGCCCCACCCUCUCCCACCCAGGUCCCUGAAGCCAUGGUCGAUCCCCCGCAGGACAUUAUACAGAUGGUGGCCCAGCUGGUGUCUGAGGGUGUGGACCGAGAUGUACUCCUGCCUCACCCGGACCAUUCCAACAUGUAUCCCAACGGCUUCCAGGACUUCUUGGCCCAGAGCACUCCCCACUGGCAGAACGAGAAUUUUGAGCCCCACACCUCGAGGUCACCCCGCUCCUAAGAAGGAGCCCUGCUUAGCCCAA